GCCCCUCGCCCCCUCCCCCCGCGGAGGGUGACGGGCGCUUCCUCGCCCGGAGCCGCCGCUGCCGCCGCAGCCGCCUCCUCAGCUGCCGCCGCGGCUUCGCUGCCGCUCGCCCCGGCACCGGUGCGUCCCCGCCGGCCCUCUCCCGCCGGCCUCCGCGGCCGGACCCGUCGCGUCGCCCCGGCUACUCUCUCUCCGCGGACGCCCGGGCCCGGCCAUGGCGGACUUUGACGAGAUCUACGAGGAGGAGGAGGACGAGGAGCGGGCGCUGGAGGAGCAGCUCCUCAAGUACUCCCCCGACCCUGUGGUGGUGCGCGGCUCCGGCCAUGUCACCGUGUUUGGACUAAGCAACAAAUUUGAAGCAGAAUUUCCUUCAUCUUUAACUGGAAAGGUUGCACCUGAGGAAUUUAAAGCCAGCAUCAGUAGAGUUAACAGUUGUCUUAAGAAGAACCUUCCAGUUAAUGUACGAUGGCUACUAUGUGGAUGCCUUUGCUGCUGCUGCACUUUAGGUUGUAGUAUGUGGCCAGUUAUCUGCCUCAGUAAAAGAACACGAAGAUCGAUUGAGAAGUUAUUAGAAUGGGAAAACAAUAGGUUAUACCACAAGCUGUGCUUGCAUUGGAGACUAAGCAAAAGGAAAUGUGAAACGAAUAACAUGAUGGAAUAUGUCAUCCUUAUAGAAUUUUUACCAAAGACACCGAUUUUUCGACCAGAUUAGCAUUUGAUUUAUUUAUAGAGACUUAUUCAAGUAUGUUGUCUUUCCAAUGGUGCCUUGCUUGGUGCUCUCCUGGUGGUGACAUAGCAUUGGUUCUACAGAAUCUUGUGGUGUUUUCAUUCUUUUUUUUUUUUUUUUUAAUAAGAGCGUGUUCUAAGUGCAUUUGGUCAAAUUCUGCAAAGUAAUUUCACACAAAUGUUAACUACCACUUAAGUUAUUGUUACUUUUGCUACUUCUGUUUAUUCAUGUAUCUUGAUUUUCAAAGUCUUUUAUAUGUGUGCGCGCGUGCGUGUGUACAUACAUAUAUAUUACUAUAAAUACACAGCUGAAAAUGGUAUACAA